AUGGCUGCCUUGCCAGAGUUCCAGCUCGACGAUGUUCCGAUUGAUAUCGAUGCACUCUCUGCGUUAAACCACGACACUGACGAGGAAGAUACCAUGAGCGCCGAAGAUCAAAAUUUGGAUGAGUUCCUUCGAGCCCACGGGUUUCGUCUGGCAAACCAGGGUACAACAAGAUUCUGGCCUCGACAGCUGGUCUGGGAUCUUUUGACUCGCGAACGAGUUGAAAGAGAGAUGCAAAGCCUUGGAGUUGAAAACUAUCUCGACUACGUACGCCCAGCACAGAUUCCAUCGGCGGUUCCUCCGAAAAAGACGUAUCUCGUGAUCUUCGCUAUUCUCGUCUUGGUUGAUAAAGCAAACCUCAUAUCAGAGUUUGUGAAGGAGGAGCUAUGCGACCACGAUCUUCCUCUAUUCAUGCUAGACAAGGGAGACGGUAAGGUGAGACUUCGACGCCAAGGCAACAGGGAUCAAGAGCUCAAAUGCUUGAAAUCCUGGAGACCCGCUGCAUUGGAUAGCUUCAUCGCAAAACAACGACAGUUCACAGUACACAGAUUUGAACUUGAUCAUGACAACAAAGCACAGCACUAUCAACUAGACGAGGACACGAUCUUCCCCUGGACUCAGGAGCGCAAAGCUUCGAAAAGCUUCAGCGGCGGGUACGCGGAUGUCAGGAUUGUUAAGAUUGACCGCCAUUACCACAACUUCGAUAGAGUUCUCGACGGUCUUGGAAUCCAGGGUGACGAGUUCGCUCUCAAAACUCUGCAUAGCAACGGUCUCAACAACGCCGCAAAGUUUCGAAAUGAGCUGGACCAACUCAAACGGUUUGGUGGGUUAGUCCAUAAAAACCUUAUUACGCUUCUUGCCACCUAUGAGAUUUCUUCUCAAUAUCAUUUCCUCUUUCCGAAGGCCAAUCAAAAUUUGGAAGACUACUGGGAAUACAAAAUCCCGACUUCGCUGGAUCUGGACUUUGUCAGAUGGGUGGCACGCCAAUGCGCGGGCAUUGUUCGCGCGAUCAGUAUCAUUCAUGACCCGACACAUCUGCAGGGAGAAAAGAAAUACGGGAGACAUGGAGACAUCAAACCCGAUAACAUUCUUUGGUUCAGCACGAACGAAGAUCCGAGAGGCCUUCUUGUGGUUGCCGAUAUGGGACUGUCAUCUUUCAAUCGAGAUACUAGUCGUUCGAACAUACCGAAUGAGAAAAUCCCUGGAGUCCCAGGCUACCGGCCACCUGAGUGUGACGUCAAAGACGCGAAAGUGUCACGAGCUUUCGACAUAUGGACUCUCGGCUGCCUGUUCAUGGAAUUUAUGGCUUGGUGUCUGGGAGGUAAAGAACUCCGGGACAAAUUUGAAGAGGAUAGACAAACCAUCUACAUCACCGGGGGGAUUAAUAACAUAUUCUUUGGCGUCUUGAAGCACAAAGACCAUGUUCUUUAUGCAGCUCAAGUCAAGCCGGCAUGGUUUUCCAAACUCCAUAACCACCCGAACUGUACUGGAUUCAUUCGAGACGUGUUGGAUGUCAUUGAAAAGACAAUGCUGGUCGUUCUUUCAAAAGACCGGGUUCGAGCGACUUCCAAAGAACUGGACAUCAACUUCAGUGAGAUCUACUCCAAGGCUAUCCGAGAUGAAGCAUAUUGUACUCGACCACUUCACCAAUCUCGUCAAGUACUGUCAACUCCAGAGGUACGACUCGACUUGAACCCGAUAGCACAACGAACUAUCAAUGAACGGAAGCCUGCCUUGAGCGAGUUUGUCGGCCAGCCGGAGGAGCCACUGGCUGGAACAGAGAUGGAAAGUAUGGAUAUCUCCUGA